UGAAGCUGGAGUCCUGCGCAUUUAUACUGCUUAUAACUCACCUCGAGUACAUCCCGUCCGUGGUGCAAUACUUGAAGCGUUUCUACCAAGACACAUAUUUAUAUAAUACCACAGUGUGCAGAGAGGAAAAUGCCUUUUGCACCAGCGAAGCUGAGUUGUCCCACAGUCCCUCUUUCCAACGGUCUGCAGAUUCCGAUAUUUGGUUUAGGAACAUCACAUCAUGGCGGAUACUCUCAUGAUGCAGUUAUGUAUGCACUCACAGAGUGUGGCGUGCGCCACAUUGACACAGCCAAGCGCUAUGACUGUGAGGAGAAGCUGGGUUACUCUAUCAAAAAAAGUGGGAUACUGCGAAGUAAUCUGUGGGUCACCAAUAAACUGUGGCCAGAUGACUAUGGAUACAAAACUGCAAAGAAGGCCUGCUUUGACUCCUGCUCACGGAUGGAGCUGGAAUAUUUUGAUCUGUACCUGAUGCACUGGCCAGGGUCAUCACGACCUGGGUACUCCAACAGGGAGAUGAGAGCUGAGACCUGGAGGGCUUUGGAGGAACUGUAUAAAGAAGGUGUGUGCUCUGCGAUUGGAGUGAGCAAUUUUCUGGUUCACCACCUGGAAGAGUUAAAGGAAGACUGUAGUGUUGUGCCACAUGUUAACCAGGUGGAGUACCAUCCUUUCCAGCAGCCCAAUCAGCUGAUAGAGUACUGUCGUCAGGAGGGAAUUGUGUUUGAAGGGUACUGUCCCCUGGCCAAGGGUCAAGCCCUCAACAACCCAACCAUUCUCCAGAUAGCAGAAAAAUACGGACGCACACCUGCUCAGAUCUGCAUCCGCUGGAGCAUUCAGAAUGGAGUUGUCACAAUACCAAAAUCCACCAAAAUGAAGAGGAUUCAAGAAAAUGUUCAAGUGUUUGGGUUCCAGCUGGAGGACGUGGACAUGGCCACUUUGGGAAGCUUGCAUGAUGGAAGACACGUGUCUUGGGAUCCAACAAAUGUGGAGUGAAAAUAUGUGAGAAAACUCAGAGUGUUUGUCCAGAUCUAGUUUUGACAUUACCUGUUGGCUGAAGAAGUAAUCCUGUGAUUGUUAUAGGGUUUUAAUCAGUACUUUGUUAAUUAGCAGUGUGUCACACUUUGCUUGAGGGGAGACUCUGCUGUAAUGUGAAGUUAAUAUAUCUUAGCUACCUCAUCUAGAGCGGAUAAACAAAUGGGCAUGUGAAUUGAGAAGGACCA